ACUAUCGUGAAUUUACAUCCAUCCUUUUGUUUUAUUGUGGAAUUAAUUAAAGUAUUGAUAUAAGAAGCUAUUUUGUUUUAAAAUGGACAAAUGUUUUCUGUGCAAAUCGGAUAAAAAAGAUUCCUUACAAUAUGGGGAAUUUUUGCGAAAUAAGAAAAUGGGUAUAGGUGUUCAUACGUACUGUUUGUAUUUGUCUUCAAAUCUAACACAAAAUGGGGACGAUAGCGAAGGUAUCUUGGGAUUUCUAAAACCGGAUAUAGACAAGGAACAAGCCCGCACAAGCCAUUUGAAAUGUUUUUACUGCCAUAAACGCUACGCUAACAUAGGAUGCUGCGAAAAAAGAUGCAGGCGCACAUUCCACUUGAUAUGCGGUUUGGAAAAUGGUGCUGAAAACCAGUUUUGCAAAUCAUUCAAGUCUUUUUGUCACACACAUAGACGCAAACACGCGUCGAAAAUUCCCGCACCUAAUACUAAUUGCCUCAUAUGCUACGACAUCCUACGAGAACCCAAUGAAUCCUUUAACCCCAUAAAGAUGAUUUUAAGCCCAUGUUGCCGCAAUGGCUGGUACCACAAAUUAUGUCUACAGAAAUUAGCAAAUACUGCAGGCUAUUUUUUUAAGUGUCCAUUGUGUAAUGAUGCACAUGUCUUUAGACAGAGCCUGCCGGUCAGGGGCAUAUUUAUACCAAAUCAAGAUGCCGCUUGGGAGUUGGAGCCAAAUGCAUUUGCUGAACUUUUAGAAAGGCCUAGUGAAUGCUCUGCUAUAAAGUGUGUUAAUAGGCAAGGUCGCAAUCACUCAAGUUCGAAGAACCCACUUAUAUUCUGUACUACGUGUGGUUCGACGGUUAUGCAUAGGCUAUGUUUAGCACCAUCUACAAGCCGUUUUUACUGCGCCGAUUGUACUAUUGCCAGAGAAGAACAGAAUAGCGGACGAGGUAGUCCAAGAUCGCCCCCAAAUAUGAAUGAGGGUGCCGAGAACGAUGAAAUCGAUGUCUGCAAUGUAAGCGACCAAGAAAAUAUACCGUGUUUAAUUGAGGACAGCCAUACUGGGUAUCGUAAUAAAAUGGAUAUAGAUCCUAUUGAUGAAGAAAUCAAGCUCGCUAAACGAUCUACCAGGAGGUUAUCAAGCACUGGUUCAUUAGUGGAACCAGUGUUAGUGUCUCGUAAGGAAGAUAUGGAAUCGAAUAGUAGCAGUAAAUGCAACGAUACGUUGACAGUUAGCAGUACAACAAAAGAAUACUGGAAACCUUCUAAGAGCAGGGCUAGAAGACAUAACGUACUACCAACAAAUAACAAUAACAGUAGCGACGAAGAAGAAACAGCAAAACGCUCUUCUCCAAGAAGCAGGACUCUUAUGCUAUUACCAUCAUCUGAGGACAAUGGUAAUGAUGGAAUAACUACUCGUAAAUGUCAAAGAAGCAAGGCCAAAAAGUUAUCAAUGUCAUCCGAAGAGUGUUUGAUUAGAAAACAAUCCGUCAGAGAGACAACACAAAUAUCUGUAAGUACCGAAGAAAACCACAUUGAAGGAAAUUUUGAAGUUCACUCAAAGAUUGCAAGGAAAGAAGUUAAAUGGAACACAAUAAUCGAGUGUUCAGAUGAGGAUAGUGAUGAGGAUGUGUUAGAUUGGUAUUGCGGUUCUGACCAAACUACAAAGGCUACUGAAAUAUCAGAUGUAAACACUGAAGAAAGUGACGAAGAUGACGAUCCGUUGGAAAUUAUUAUGAAAUAUGAGAAAAACAGAUGUGCUGCUCAAUCUACACAGAAGGCUUUGAAAAAUGAAAUUAAUUCAAACAAUAUGGAUGUUUCCUGCAUAGCUUUAAGGACUCGACGCAAGAGUGUUACUUCCGAACAACAGGGUGCUAAAAAUGCGGUCAUUGCGCAAGACCUUGUUAAAUUAAUUCAACGAAGAAAAACAGUUUGUUCGCAAACAUCCGUUGAAAAGGAAAAGCAUCACAGACGUAAGGAUAAUAGAUUUCCUUCUAGAAAAACUUCCUCUAUUCAUAACAUAUCCGAAAUUUUUGAUAAGCAAUGCGAAACAGACGAAGAGAAAUUUGAUUCGGUCAUACCUCACGAACAUGUUCAAUGUGGGAAUAAUAAUAAAGAGUCCGACAAUCUCAGCGCAUUUGAAAUUUCCUGUAUCGCAAACCGUACAAGGAAAAGAAAAAAAUUAAAUCUUCCAACUGUUGUCGAAGAUUCAUCCUGCUCCACCAGAUCAACUGGUUCUUCCCAGCCAACUUUUUAUGACAAUCAUCGAAACAACCGCGCCAACGCAAAACCUUCAGGAAGUGCAUAUCUCGAAGUAUGGCCGAAACAAAAUGUGGAUAUCGCUUUCAUAUCAUCAAAAAAUAAACCAGAACAUCUAAAAAUUCCCAACAGGAGCAAUUUAUCAACCCAAAAAAAGUCUAAUUAGACAAGGUUAUUCAUUAAGCAGAAAUGUACAAUUUAUAGUACUUUCAUAGAGAAAUGCAUGUGCAAAAUUUUGUCUAUGAGCAUUUAAUAUAUACUGUGUAUAUGUACAUACUUUUUUUGUAUGUAUGUAUAAACAUAACUAGUUAUAUGUCUUAUAAAGUUUCAUUUUUUGAUUAUAUUUAUCAUCGAAUAAAUUUUUUUAAAUAAAGAAUAUCGAUUCUUUUGAAAAU